AUGGAAGAAGAGGUAACGGCAGUUGUCAUUGAUAAUGGAUCAGGAAUGUGCAAAGCUGGAUUUGCUGGAGAUGAUGCUCCCAGAUCAGUAUUUUCCACAAUCGUAGGAAGACCUAAGAUGCCAGGUAUCAUGGUAGGAUUAGAUCAGAAAGAGGUUUAUGUUGGAGAUGAGGCUCAACUUAAAAGAGGAGUCUUAAAAAUCGAGCAACCAAUUGAACAUGGUAUUGUAAAGAAUUGGGACGAUAUGGAAAAGGUAUGGCAUCAUACUCUCUACAGCGAGCUUAGAGUCUCUCCAGAGGAGCAUCCUAUUCUUAUGACUGAGGCCCCCCUUAAUCCAAAAUAAAAUAGAGAGAGAAUGACUUAAAUCAUGUUUGAGGUUUUCAAUGUACCUUGCCUCUACGUCUCAGUUCAAGGUGUAUUAGCCCUCUACUCCUCUGGUAGAACCUCUGGAGUUGUUUUAGAUUCAGGUGAUGGUGUUUCACAUACUGUACCUAUUUAUGAAGGUUAUGCUAUUCCCCACGCCAUCCAAAGAAUUCAUCUUGCUGGUAGAGAUUUGACAGACUAUUUAAAGACAUUACUUGCUAAGAGAGGUUAUAACUUCACUACCGCCGCCGAGUUAGAAAUUGUCAGAGAUAUCAAGGAGACCAUGUGCUAUGUUGUAAAUAACUACGAAGAGGCCCUUAAGGAAGCUGAUGAGAGUCACGCUUGCGAAAAGAAUUAUGAGCUCCCAGAUGGUAGAAAGAUACUCAUAGGUUAUGAGAGAUUCAAAUGCGCAGAAAUUUUAUUCUCACCACAACAUGCUGGCCAUGAACUCGAGGGAGUGCAUAAAUAUUGCUACGAUUCAGUCAUGAAGUGCGAUGUAGACGUUAGAAGAGAUCUUUUCCAAAAUAUCAUCCUAAGUGGUGGUUCUACUCUUUUCGAGGGCAUGGGAGAAAGAAUGUGGCAAGAAAUACAUUAAUUAGCGCCAUCUACCAACAAAAUCAAAAUUCUUGCCCCACCCGAGAGAAAGUAUUCAGUUUGGCUCGGAGGUUCAAUCUUAGCUUCACUAUCUACUUUCCAAACAAUGUGGAUCAAUAAGCAAGAGUACGACGAGUCAGGUCCAGCCAUUAUCCACAGAAAGUGCUUUUGA